CUUUCGGUUUGCUGGGAGAGGAGCUGUGUUUUCAGGAAGAAUCCCUGAGCACGUUUUAUUCAGGGCUGUUAGUUUGAGUUGGAGUUAGGUUUCCUUCAUUGUGCGCCUCACUACGCAUGUUGCUGGGUUGGGAUAGCAAUACCCUAGAGCAGGGGGUCCCAAACUGGGUACAUGUACCACUGGGGGAACAUCAGCUUGUUGUUUCCUCCAUUCACUUCACAACCAUCUUUUAAGAAAGUGGAACAUGAACCAAUGACGUUUGGGAGCUGCUGGACUAGAGGCUCACUUCACUUGGGAUAAGUUUGAACGGGUCUCCGAACUCUCACGGGCCUGGAAAAUGCUUCAGAAAAAGCUCUCUCGGGGGACGUCAUCCCUCUCUGGUUUCAGCCAGGUGAGUACGAAGUGCCGUGGCCUGUGGUGGGAAUGUGUCACCAACGUGUUCGAUGGGAUUCAGACCUGUGAUGACUAUGACUCUAUAUUUGCUGAGCACCCCUUGAAGCUGGUGCUGACCAGAGCCAUGAUGAUCACAGCAGACAUCCUGGCGGGGUUUGGAUUCGCUUUCCUGCUCCUGGGACUUGACUGUGUCAAAUUCCUCACGGACGAGCCCACCAUCAAGCUGCGCAUCUGUCUCGUGUCUGGAGUUACGUUGCUCAUAGCAGGCUUCCCAGGCCUUAUCGGCUCAGUAUGGUAUGCCCUUGGGGUGUACAUGGAGCGCUCCUCCCUGGUUUUGCACAAUGUGUUUCUGGGCAUCCAGUAUAAGUUUGGCUGGUCUUGUUGGCUCGGAAUGGCUGGGUCCCUGGGCUGCUUCUUAUCUGGGGCUGUGCUCACCUGCUGCGUGUAUCUCUUCCGAGAUGUUGGCUCUGGGAGGUUCUACUCCUCUAAUUCCUUGAGGAAGAUGUAUUCCCCCGCUGGAACAACUGUGGCAAACACAUACUAUCCAUCGUCUCAGACAGCGACUGCCAAAAUGUACGCAAUGGACACCAGAGUGUGAGGCGCAGGAAACGAGGAGAUUAGUGCUCUGCUUUUAUUUUGAACUGCUUAUUCAGAGGCCUGGCCUGCAGCGUUUGUGAGCGGGAUGCUAAGUCGCGCCUCACAGAUACAUGCAGAAUGGCCUGUAUGGGGGCUUGAAAUAAAAUCAUCAUCUUCAGAAACAAAGCAAGAAAGCAGCUUCCAGGAAGGAUCGUGAAUGCAGGACUCCCACUGGGUUGCAUUCUGAGAGGUGCUAAAUACCAGCUGAAUUCCAUUAAUUUUGCUGUUCAGCCUCAGUCAGAAUUUGGUCCAUUGACUUCACUGUGAGUUGAAAGAAAUCAGCUCCUUGCUGGCCUAGGCACCUUGUAGGCAUAUUCUUAAUAUUUGUGAUUUUGUUCAUAAUAAAUUGUAAACCUGCAAUAUUGAUUUAUAAUAUUUGUACAUCUGCAUUUAUAAUUCUUCUAUUUGACAUAAUUGUAAAUCUGCAAUAUUGAUUUACAAUUCUGUAUUAAAGCUUGCAAACUGUACCUUGCAAACUGCUCAAUUGGCUCUGCUUUCUCUGAAUUGGUACUUUCUCUCACUUGUUAUUAAGAUUGACGCUUGUAAAACUAAACCGCUCAAUUGAUUCUGCUUUCUCUGUAUUGACGCUUUCCCUUGAUUGUAAUUGAGAUUGACGCUUAUAAAUGUAAACCAAUCAAUUAACGUUACUUUCUCAAAUGGUUAUGUUCAAUUGGCUUUACUUUGCAAAGGAUACUUUGUGAUGGAGAUUGACAUGCUUUUUUGUAACGCCCGCGAAGAGCCGCUAAUUGGAGCGGCGCUCAUAGAAAUGUCACAUAGAGACUCCCACCCUCUAUAGUUUGGAUCAGGAAUGUUAAAAAACGGGGAGUCUCAAAUAAAUAACACCUUUGUAUGAUAAAAGAAAGUCAAUACGAAGGAAUGUUAAGAGACAGGGAGUCUCAAAUAAAAUAACAAUACUCGGUGAAAUGAGAAAUGUGUUUUUAUUAAAGUAAGGAAUGUAUGUGAAUGAAUGGUGGGUUUUGAAUAAUCAGGGAAGUGCCAGCCUAGGAAUUUAAUAUCAAUUGGCCAAAGAAGACGCCAGGUGGAGACAACCAGAGAACCCCACCGGAGGGCAAACUGGGAUCCACCCGACCAAUUCAAAGGAUGAAGAAAGCUGAUGAGCACCUGACAGCCAUCCUGGAGCCAUCAUGACUAACAAUAUGACAAAACAAAUUCCACGGGCUGGCACAGGAAGAAAUUCCUAUAAAAAUGGACACUAAGGACUGAGAACUUUGAGUCUCCGGUUCUGCCACUACCCUUCAGGAGCAUCGGAUGCGCAUCUGACACGGACUCGGCUCCACUCUCGUGUACAGGUUACCUGGCCAGUGCUCUGUCACGAGCAACUUCUAGGCUGGUAACUAGAACCCCUAUGCAGAGCUGGUAUGAGUGAAUGAAUAAAUAUAUAUAUAUAUAUAUAUAGUUAAGUAAGGAAUAAGUAACAAUACAACAGUGUGAGUUUUAUAUUUCUUUUUAUUAU